CCAUACGCGGAAGUGACGUAAAUCGCAAACAUCCAGCGAGACUUUCGGUAUUUACAGAAGAGCUCGUCAACUGUAUGUACUUGUCUGAGAGUCCACCGCGACCUACACGCGGGCUGCCAUCCCAAAGAAAACAGUUAUGGCGCCCUUGUCUUUACCCCUGUCGUCUCUUCUGAAGCAAAAGGAUUGUUUGCAGAGGGCGUUCAUCUUCUGUAAUGUGUUAAAGAGUUUACACCACCGGCCCCUCACAUCUCGCUUAUGGAAACGGAAUUUCGGUGCGGUAGCCCAUGGAGUCGGUCAACUACUGUCACUCCAACCCAGAACCGAAAACUACGCAGCAUCUGUUUGUAGCAGCUCUUCAGACGGACAGGACAUGACAGAGAUGAUGAGGUCUGUUUACAAUGAGACCAAAAGGCAGACUGAAGAUUUGAUCCCAGCCAUUUUACGCAACGCAGUCAACCCCGACACCAUUUUUGCCAACAAUGAGAUGAGCCUACGAGACACAGAGGUAUACGGCUUCGACUAUGACUACACGCUGGCGUUCUACUCCAGGAACCUCCACACGCUCAUCUUCAACAUAGCACGGGACAUUCUCAUCACAAACCACAGGUAUCCAGAGGGUCUGCGAAAUUAUGAGUACAUUCCCAAUUUUGCUGUAAGAGGACUUCACUAUGAUGUGCAGAAGGGACUGCUGAUGAAGAUCGAUGCUUUUCACUACAUCCAGUUGGGAACUGUAUACAGGGGUCUUGAUCCAGUUCCUGAUGAGGAAGUAAUUGCCAUGUAUGAAGGUUGUCAUGUACCUCUCGAGAUCAUGAGCGACUUCUAUGGCAAGAGUUCCCAUGGCCAAACCAUGAAACAGUUCAUGGACAUAUUCUCCCUGCCUGAGAUGACCCUCCUGUCCUGUGUCAAUGACUUCUUCAUGAGGCACAAUAUCGACUAUGAGCCCGUGCAUCUCUACAAGGACGUAAAGGAAGCCAUUAGAGAUGUUCACGUCAAGGGCAUUAUGUACCGAGCCGUGGAGGCGGAUAUUGGGAAAUACAUUUGCUAUGGUGAGCAAAGCUACGCUGUGCUGAAGAAGCUGUCAGAGCAUGGGAAAAAGAUGUUCCUCAUUACCAACAGCCCAUUUGACUUUGUGGACCGAGGGAUGAACUACAUAGUCGGGAAGGACUGGCAGGACCUGUUUGAUGUUGUGAUCGUUCAGGCUGACAAACCAGGUUUCUUCAAUGACAGGAGAAAACCUUUCAGACGAGUGACGGACAAAGGUGCUUUGCUGUGGGACAGGAUUCACAAGUUGGAAAAAGGGAAUAUUUACAAACAGGGAAACCUUUAUGAGUUCCUGAGACUCACCGGCUGGAGAGGAUCCAAAGUGCUCUACUUUGGUGAUCACAUCUACAGUGACUUGGCAGAUCUGACGCUAAAACAUGGCUGGAGGACGGGCGCCAUCAUCCCUGAGCUAAGGAAGGAGAUCAAGAUCAUGAACACGGAGCAGUACGUGCACAUGAUGGCCUGGUUACAGGCACUGACUGGACUUAUCGAACAGAUGCAGGUGCACAGGGAUCCAGCAUCUCAAGCUCUCGUCAAGGAGUGGAUCAGAGAGAGAGAAGCCAUGAGGUCACAGACGAAGGACAUCUUCAACGCUCAGUUCGGGAGUCUCUUCCGGACAUACCACAACCCCACCUACUUCUCACGCCGACUCUCGCGUUUCGCCGACAUCUACAUGCCCUCCAUCAGCUGCCUGCUCAACUACGACUUCAAGCACACCUUUUUCCCUCGCCGUACUCCCCUGCAGCACGAGUCCCCCUUCUGGCCCGAACACAGUCCUUCUGGUAUUAGCGUCUCCUCACAGACCACAGAGUCUGAUUAGAGAGAGAGUUCAGAAAUACACACUAGGGUCUUCUCCAUUGCUGACCUAAUUAAAAAAACAAACAUGUUUAGAGUUUUGAGAUGCAUGCCAAAUUUUAAGAUAUGUGAAAUUGGUAACAAUCACGUUGCUGUUUAUUAAGGUUUAAACUAGUUAGUUACGUACUUCCUCUCAAAGGAUUCAGGAGGACCAAUGGAUAUAGUGCUUUAAAAAAAAAAUAGACACAUUACAGAAUGAGCAGUUUUACAUUUUCAUUAACAACACGGACAACAUGUAGUGUAUUUUUAUCAAACAGAAUUUAAUACGAACGCACUGAUUGUUUUAGGUUUGUGUGUGUGGGUGUGUGUGUGAUUUGUGUUUAUUUGUGUGUCUGAGAGUAAAAUGGUAUAUUUACAGAGUGUAAACAAUAGGGGGCAGUCACACAUCAUGUCUGUCGUGGAGCUCAGUAGUAUGACUUGUACACCCGUGUCUAAAGAUUACCUCUGCUCUUUCUGUCCUGUGCAUCUGUAAAACUACAGGAGACUGUCGGUGUAAUGAAAAUACUCAGAAGUGACAUGUACACGACACACUCUGUUGCCUUUAUCUCUUUUACACAUUACGGCAAUGUGUAUAUUUUUGUAAACUAUGGUAGUCAAGCUUGUUUAUUUCCUUUUAAGCUGCACAUUUAUGUUUAGAUCUUUAACAGCCUGUAUGUCUCAUUUUAGCACGUGCUGAGAAAUGUUCAUAUUUGUCAGGAAGAAAUAGCAUUGUUGCUAUAUUUAGCACAAGUGUUGCUAUUUUAUCUGUUAUCAUUGAGUUUCAUGGCUGUGACACACAGAAAAUGUGUGAAAUGUUUUCACACGUUCUGGAAUGAACGCUGGAGAAUUUCAUAUUUGAUAUUUGAUAUUUUAUUGACAACCUGCGCAGCUUUGGGGACAGAGCCUUCUCUGUGGAAGCCCCCAGGCUAUGGACCUCCCUCCACAUAGAGCUAUGUUGAUCCGUUGAUCGUCUUUGUUUGAGCCCUCGCCCUUAUAUUAUUGUAAAGCGACUUUGAGUUCUCGAAAAGUGUUAUAAGAAUUCAAUGUAAUAUUAUUUAACCAGUAGCCACAAGACCUCAUGGGUUAUUUGUCUGUCUGUGGUAAUGAAAUGUAUUUUUAUUUCACUAUUUAUUAAAAAUAAAAAUGACUUAAUGAUCCUUA